AUGUCUUCUGGUCAGAUAUUACACAUACUCAUGGAGUGCGCGACCGCUCUCCAAAAUGUUCCCGAUGAAAGCUUCGUCACUUUGGACAUACUCUCAGUGAAUGCGGCGAUUAAAAAUAUCAACGAUGUUAUUUCCGAGAAGAGACUAGCCGCUUGUCUGGGCGACGAUUCUUCCUUUGAUAAUCGCGACGAUGAAGUGUCGGUGACGACUCCGGCGGUUGCUGUUGCUGCUGCUGAUCGAGAUGACAACAACUUGAAUGAAACCAUUGAUAUGAAAACUGAUUUGCACGAUAAAAAUUUCGACAACUUGUAUGCGAUGACCAGCGUCAGAGAUGAUCUCGGUUACGAUGGAUCUUCUACGGGUGACGCCACCAGUGAAGAGCUGACGGAUGUGGGUGAAUUACUAGAAGAUGAGGAUUUACAUGAUUUCAUGGAGGAGUGGGAAACCGAUCCGUACGAAUGGGAGACAGAACAGGAAGUUUACAAG